GCCUUUAUGGUGUUGUCGUGUCUAUUUUAAGCCAGUGCACCGGGCGAACAUUCGGUGGAUCAAUGAUCAAGGCCCACAACUAGGAUGAAGAUGCUGCACAGUCCGAGGGGGACGCGUAUCUUUCGCCUGUGAUUACGAGAGAGACGGGCGUCAAUUUAAUCAUCGAAUUGGGAGGACCAUAUGGGCCCACGGAGAGGCGUUGCUGUUAUUGCACUUCAGUUGGACAUCAUUUUCCAAGCGAUGCUGCCCCCUUUAGAGACUUUUUGAAUGACUUCUGGCUGAAGAGCAUCACAAUAUGCACUCCAAUUAUUAAAAGACGAGAACACCUCUCUCAAUGAGGCUCACGUGGAGUACCAUGCUGCAGCACAACAACAACAAUAACUACCCUUGCCUGAAGGCGUCGCCCCGCGAGACGCCUCUGAAAUGCUCCUCGGCCACGCAGCCGCUCCCCAGCAGGCUGGAGCUGGGCCUGGCGGGCCUACCGCUCAUCCGGGGCUUGCGGGCCUGGGCACUGUGCUCUAAGAACCGGCAGAAGAGCGGCACCACACUGAGCGGCGGACGAGCACCAGUGUCACCCCCCACCGGUCGGAGGACUUGUUGUUCCAGGCCGGCGGAUGUGCACUCUAGUGGGCCAUGGGGUUCAGGGUACGGCCUCCCCCAGGCCGCGGUGGGCGCCCUGGUGACGGUGGCGACGCUCAAGACAUCUGAAGGCAACGGGAAGACGCAGACCCAGUGUCUCUUUCUGCGGAAUGACAAAGGAAGUUGUUUGUACUCCACAUCUGGUGGUGCAAGCGGGGGUGGAGGGUGGCUGAGAGGGAAGUCUGGUUCCGGUAAUGCGCGUCGGGACGGUUCUGCUCUCCAAACGCAGACUGCAGCGAGCCGAGUUCGAGUGCGGUCAGGCCGCAGAUGGAGAAAGUCCACUCACCCGAUUGGCCGAGAGAAAAGACAUCCUGAUGAGGAAGUCACAAAGAAACAGGAAAAACAAAGCAAAGCCGGCCUGCAGCACCUUACCAGUCCCAAAGGGGAAGUCUGUCAAGAACAUAGAGGACUGCGGGAGUCUACUGAAUGCCUUCAGAAUAUGUCCAAUGAAGGAAGUACGAGGAAUUCCAUUUACACUGACACCCAAGACAACAAAACACUUCCAGAGGAGGAAGUCAAAGUGGAACAUGAGGAGCCACAUAAAGUUUGUCAAGACUGCGUUGUCAGUCCUGAAGGGGAAGCCAGUCAGAAAAGCAGAGGACCCAGGGGGAGUCCUGAUUACCAUGAGAAUCCUUCCAAUGCGGAAAGCCAGAGAAAGUCCAGUCAUGCGGUCGGCCGAGUCAAAAGACUUGCUGAGGAGGAAGUUGCUGAGAAAGAGGAAGAGACACACAAAUUGGAGCUGCAGCGCAUCGCCAGUCCAGAUGAGGGAGCCUGUCGGAAAAGCUGUGGACUGGGUGGGACUCCUGGAUGCCUUCAGAAUACUUCCAACGAGACAAGUAUCGGGAAGCCCAGUCACGUGGCUAGCCAAGGCAAAAGACUUCCUGAUGAGGAUGUCACAGAGAAGCAAGAAAGGGGAAACAAACUGGACCUGGCCUGUUGGGUCAGUCCUCACAAGAGAACCUUUAGCAAAAGACGAGGACUGGUUGGGAGUCCUCAAUGCUUUCUAAAUGCUUUCAGUGUGGACAGUGAGAGGAAGUCCAGUCAUGUGGCCUGCCGAGACAAAAGACUUGCCGAUGAGGAAGUCACAGAGGAACAGGAAGAGCCAGACAAAGCCAGUUCAGAGGGUGUCGCAAGUCCCAAAGGGGGUCUCUGUCAGGAAAGUCCAGAGCUGGGAAGGAGUCUUGGAUGCCUUCAGAAGCUUUCAAAAGAGGAGAAUGCCAGGAAAGAAGGCACUCUUAGUGGCGAGAUAACAGGAACGAGGAGGGAGUGGGAAGAGAAUGCAGAGGAGGGCGAGGAGGGGAACGGUCUCUGCCAGAAUGAUCCCUCUAUUUUGUUGGCGGCCAACCCAGACCUGGAAUCUUUUGAUGACAUCACAAGCCGAUGCACAGAGGAGCCCUAUCCCGCAGGGGGCAGCACUGGCCAAGCAGAAAGUGAGGUUGGGAGAGCGCUCAGGAGCAACGGCGUGCACUCGGAGCCGGAGCACAAUGUGACAAACACAACAAGGACAUCUUCUUCCUUUUCUUCUUUUUCAAGAAAAAACUUCACAGAGGACUGUGUGAAGGGGAAAGAAGCUGAAUGGAUGCCAACUGAGUUUGCAUGUGGGUUCAUAGUAACUCCCGCUGGUCCCUGCCUGCAUAAUUCCAACCCCGCCCAGCCCAGCUUGGGCACCAUGGCAACAAGUCAGAACUGCACCGAGGCAGAAGAAGUCAAAAAAAGAGGCAAAGACGGGAUAGAGCUGGAGAGCCGGGACGAAAAACAGGGGGAAGAUUGGGACGAUGAAGAUGAGUUUGGAGGGUUCGUGCAAGCAGAGGGAGGAGAAGAGGGUCGCCAGGGUGUCGCCGUUUCCGUCCCGGUGCAUUGUGGGAGCUCAGCAGCAUUCGAGAGCAGUGACCUCUGCGGGGAAUUGUAUGACUGGAAGCCCACCUGGAUGGGAAAUGCGGACGCGUGGGCAGCCUUUCCUCAAGACAUGGGCGACGAGAGUCGGGAUCUUGUGGGACGGUGGUGGCGUGAAGAGGCAAGCUCGGACAGGGUCUGUCAUGAACUGGGUCUUCUCUUUGUCACGGCCUUUCCCUCGGUGCCCAACUCAGCCCCCCGCCAUCCUGCUGACAUUAUUCCCACACUGACAGAGCAUCUCGCAGGAAGCAGCAGUCAGGAAAAACGGUUGUUGGACGGCUUCCACGACAUCAGCAAAAUGUCGGUCCACAAGUACAAGCGAGGCAGCAGUGGUGUCUGCAGAAGUCUUCUGCUGAGCUCAUUACACAUGGAGCAGCCCAACUACGAGAGCCGAGCUGUCCAUCAGUGGUUGAAUCGACGUCCCUCCCCCGGACUGCUCUCACCCAAUCGUUACGCUCACAAUGCGGUGGCCAAGCGGCGUCUGUCCUGCGACUACAACAGGAGCAGUCUGGAGUAAUUGUUUUUUGGUUGUUUUUUUUUUUUUUAAUCUGGUGAUGGCAUCGACUCACCUCUUUACUUUAACUUAUUUUUUAAUUCAAGAUGGCUUGUGGUGGGUUUUGGGACACAAAAACAGAAAUGUGAGUUUUAGGUGAGGACCGCAAACUUUUUACAGCGUCACCACAUGUAUGAAAAAGGAAAUGGGUGUCACGUGUCGAUUGCAGCCACUAUUUACCAGAAAUUUUUUUCAGCUUUCAUGGCGCCACGUUUCUUCUUCCCUCUUCAGUAAAUUUUUCAAUUAAAUUUUACACUGUUAGGCUUCAUUAUAAGCUAUGUCAAAUGCAUAAUAUGGCAGAUUGUUUUCACAAAAAUUACUGUUCUGCCUUUGUUCUUCUCGUCUUUUUACCAAGUGUAUAUUUCCAUUUUACACCAACAUUUCUGUUUUUUAAACUGUGAAUUACAAGAAUCCCCUCAUAUAAAAGAGAUUGCUGUCACAGGUACAACACAGCCACUACUUACUAGAAAUUACUGUGGCUUUUAACACUACUUUUCAUGUUGCCACAUUUAUAGUCGUUUUUUUGUUUUUGUUACAUUUGAAUACAAUAAGUUUUAUUUGAACGCAGCAAAUUGUCAUCACAUGAGACACAGACAGAAAUUGUUGCAACUCCUUCUCUUGUCUUUUCAGCAAAUGGAAUGUUUAUAUAUGGAUCAUGCCCACCAUUGUCUUGUUUUUUUAAAAUACUGCAACACAAAGGAUCCACAGCCAAAACAAGGGAUUAAAUGAAGUAGAUUGUUGUCACAUGUCGCCCACCACUUGCCAGCAAUUCCUGCAACCCAUUUAAUGUUGCAGAAGCACACUUUUCUUUUCAUCUGUUCCGAUUUUCAAGGCUUACAUUGUGUUUCUGUUACACUGAACCCACUAAAAAGUUGGAUCUGGCACUAUUUAGGUUCCCCAUGAAAAGUAAGGGAUAUUAUUGUCACAUAUAGGACAAAGCCAGAAUUUUUUGCAACUUACUUUAUCUCAACAUUUCAAUAAAUUGAACUUUAAGUGAACUGCAGCCACCAUUUAGCUUUUUUGAUAAACACUCGAAUAUAAGAUUUCCCAGAGGCCUGAAAAGGGAUUCAAUAUACCAGAUUUCUUUAACGUGUAGAACAGCUGCAAGGUUCCCUCAGAGCUUCACUGAGUUUUUGUCAUUUGCACCACCAUUUUUUAAGGAGACGAAUACAAGACUCCCCAGAGCUCAUAAGAGGUUCUCAUUCGUGGGACAUCGCCAUAAAUUUCUUCAGUUCCUUUGAUGGAGGCUGCACCGCUCUACUUGUUUUGUUCAUUGCACACCGAUUAGCUUUCUGGUCGCUCAGAUGUAUGAGGAAUUUGGGAGAUUUUUGCCAUAUUUAGGAGACAGUCAGAACUUGACAGGAAUUCCUGCAUCUUACAUGUUGCCAUGAUUCUUUUCGUUUUUUUCCAACUUUUCAAUUGAUUUUUUUUCCUUUUUUGCACAGUUUAGCUUCCCCAUACAACCCAGACAUAGAAAGAAUAUGGUGGAUUUUUGUCACACAAGGACUCAACCACAAAUCUCUGGAGCUCCUUUUUUCAGGAAGUUGAUUUUUUUUUUUUAAGUAAGGACAACAACCACCGCUACUCCACAUAAAUACGGUGGCCCGAGCAGGACGCGCCUCACUUCCAAAGUAGACUCAUCUCAUUGGCUGUGUUCUACUUCCUGUCACUUCCAUGCUGUCAAUCAAAGUGUGUGACUUUGGGAAUGUGCUAUGUUUACUUUGUGGGCUGGAUGGCUCGACAGGUUUGUUUGUGUUCUCCUGCUGUGUCUGUUGUGUCACAAUUUUCAUUGCAAAGAGGAAGUCCUUGACCAGUUCAUCAAUAAAUUGAUCGUGUUUCCUCAUCA